AUGUCCCUCAUUCGACUUCGGGGGCCCGUUCUGUUUUCUAAAAUCAUUCUUUUGUCGAAAAAGCAUCCGCGCCAACUACUUUUUUGUUUUGAUCGAAGUUUUCAAACGACAUCCACUAAUAAUGAAGAAAUAAUUAAUUUGAGUAACCAAGUUCGGAUGAAAGCUGCAGAUGCUUUCCGACAAGAGAUAUCACAAUUUCGUAACCUUACGGACGAGAUGAAAAUAGGACCAUCUAUGGAAGUUUAUGAACGGUUAAAGCCUCUGAAAAGUCUUACAACAUCCAAUCUUCAGAAUUUGGUUCUCGCAAUCACAAAAAAACAACUUCAGCAAAGUUUUAAAGAACCAGACCCGUAUUUGGUUCAGUGUUUGAAGGACGUGACGGUGUAUAUUACAGAAAAUCAACAAGUUUGUUCGGCUUCUUUGUGGACGUCCAUUUUAAAUGCCUACGUUUGCUUUCGUCAAAACGAAAAAUGUCCCCUCGUCGCUGAGAUGGCUUUAAGCUGGGACCAAGGUUGUCUUACGGACCAGCAACAGACUAAUUCCACUGGUUUAUUGUACGGGCACAUUUUGAAGUGUCUGCUUUUGGGCAAUGUUGACGCUUCCAAACGGAAAAUGUUUCUUGAGUACGCAAAAUCACGACUGGGAGAUGAAAAUUCCUCAUGGUACAAGUUCUUCCUUUACACUCUAGCGGCUAUUCAGAAUUCUGAGUCAGCUCAGCCAAAGCUUACUUUCCUGAUCCAGAGAAAUGCUUUGUCGCAGCAACAAUCACAGAUAGCUUUCGACAUUUUUACUCGACUAUCUUGCUUUGACCAAGGCUUGCGCUACCUGAAUCAACCUGGCCUAACGAAGAACUCCUUGCCCUCUAAUUUUAUAUUUGCAAACUUCUUAAAAAACUACUGGACGCAAACGCACAAUACUGCGAAGUUUCUGGAAGCCAUCAACAAUUACUGUUCGAUAGCCAAGUACAGCAGCACACGGUUGCUGAACUUGACAUUGGGCAUUUUGUUCCGUGCCAUCCCGGCCGAAUCCGACAAGAAAUCUGUGGAAAGUUUACUCUCUCAGCUCUCUGACUAUUUAUCCAAGCUGCACGCAGGGAAACCGAACAUCGUCACGGCAAACACCUUAAUUUCUGGUGCUUGUUUGUUAAAGGACAAAAAAUGGUAUGACUUGGGCAUGCAUUUCAUAGACCAGUUUGGCCUAAAGCCGACUGUGGUUACAUUUCGGUCUUCGUUCAUUGCAUUUGGCGCACUAUCAAUAGAACUCGCGGGCAUUCAAAAACUGUGGAACAGCUUGAAUGAGUUCCUGGCGAGUAAGUCUAUGACACUAAGUCGUAGGGACUACGAAGCUGUGAGGAAAUGCGUCCUAGAGCUGUCAGCCCGAAAGGAUGCGUCAGAAUACAUAGAGUGGUUUAAUAGCUUGCUUGAAAAGGAGCGAAAACUGGACGUGUCUGAUUUGUAUCUCCAGGAACAAUCGGAGCAACCGAGUUUGAAGGAGGCAGGUCAAUAGGCAGUCAUGACACGCACAUUCAGUUACUAUGUGUUUUUUUUUAAAAAGUUGACAUUAUGAUUAUGAUGAGCUACUAUCUAUUUAAAAAUGUAAUAAUUCAUUUAGAGGCCAAUGGAAGGGUCAUCACGCCGGUGCAAGAAGACUGUAGACGAUUUCUUUUAUCAGGACUCAAACAGUGUCUUAAUUUGUCUUUUCUGUUUUUCCUCGCUGCUCGCUGCGC